AUGAAUUCAAUAGAGCCAAGCUCUCGCAAUAUUGCCAACAACAGCUUUGGAGACAACGUCACCAUUUAUCAAGGCAAUAUACAAAAUCCGGUAGCGGACCAAACAGACCAGUGCCUGAAAGAUCUGAGGCUGACCGAUCCCCGCGACGACAAAAGACGUAUCCAGCAGACAAAAGGUGGACUUCUAAAAGAGUCAUCUAAUUGGGUUUUCCAGAAUAAUACAUUCAACCGGUGGCGCUAUGAUGAUAAAAAUACAUUACUUUGGAUCAAAGGCGACCCUGGGAAGGGCAAGACGAUGCUUCUAAGUGCCAUUAUCGACGAGCUGACGCCAAGCACGAAACUGGCGAAGCCAAUAGAUAGGGCGAAUAAGAAAUUUCUGUCCUAUUUCUUCUGCCAGGGCACCGAUUCGCGCAUCAACAACGCGACUGUUGUGUUGCGUGGCCUUAUUUACCUCAUCAUCAUCCAAGAGCCCUCGUUGAUAUCGUACGUUCUGGAGAGGUACAACCAUGCAGGUAAAGACCUCUUUCUUGAUGCAAAUGCCUGGGUAGCCUUGUCGGAAAUACUUCAAAAUAUUCUACGAGACCAAAAAGUGAGAGAUAUUGUGUUUGUCGUCGACGCAUUAGACGAAUGCGAGACGGACUCAGAUAAGCUGUUGGAUUUAAUUACCCGCUAUACAUCGUUGCCUCACGUUAGAUGGCUUGUAUCCAGUCGAAACAUACUUAAUAUCCAACAAAAGCUUCAGCCGUAUGUGUCUCAAGGAAUCCUGAGCCUCGAGUUGAAAAGAAACGCAGAAACGGUGUCUAAUGCUGUGGAAAUAUAUAUCGAGCACAGAAUUUCAUGUCUGCAUUCGAUAAAGCAUAAUCAGGGCCAAAGAGAUGAGCUCAGAGAUAUUUUGAGGCAAAAAGCCAACGGAACAUUCUUAUGGGUGUCUCUCGUGGUGAAAGAGCUUGAAGAUGUUCAAAGCUGGGAGGUGAUGGAGGUAGUUAAGGAGAUGCCGACAGACCUGACAGCAGUCUAUAGGCGAAUGGCCAGUCAGAUUCGGCAGCAACGACGAGGAAACGCAAAAUUCUGCUGGAAGAUAAUCUCGACAAUAUUUACGGCAUAUUAUCCCCUCAGCUUAGGCGAACUAGGAGUCCUCUCUGGGAUCGUAUAUUUCAUUCAUCAGUCGGCAAAAGACUUUUUAUCAACAGAGAUGUUCCAGUCUGAUGCAGCCCGAAGACAUGCGGACAUCUAUGAUCAGUCAACCGCAGCCAUCUCGACACUACCACAAAAUAUAUAUAGCGUCCCAGAUUUUGGAUUUAGAUCGGAAUACGCACCGAUACCUGAACCGAACCCAUUGGCUUCGAUGAGAUACUCUUGUUUCUACUGGGCGGACCAUUUUUGCGACGCAUAUGGUACAAACCCUGAAAGUGGACUAGCACUCAGAGAAAAGUUGUGGCUAUUCUUGAAAGAUCACGUACUCCGCUGGUUAGAGAGUAUAGCUCUACUGGGUGGACUUGCAGAUGGCGUACGUUCCAUACAAAAGAUGUUGCGAGAGUUACAGUUUGACACAGAAUCUCAGCUCUCGAAGUUCCUACGCAGCACAGAAAGGUUUAUAAUUAAUAACGGUCCGCUUGUUACUCGCGCCCCCUUGCAGGUAUAUGGCUCGGCACUGGUGUUCAGUCAGGCAUCAAGUGACAUGAAAAAACAGCAAUGGAGAGAACGUCUGCCUCUUAUUGAGGAUAUAAAAGGAGUUAUCGAAACCAAUACUGCUCACUUACAAACGCUUGAGGGCCAUGCUUCUUCAGUUACAGCCGUCUGUUUUUCUCGGGAUGGCAAGGCGAUAGCGUCAUGCUGUAGAGAGACAGUACGAGUAUGGGAUGCAGCAACCGGUGCGAUCCAACAGACCCUUACAGCUCUUGACCAUGAUAUCCUCGCGGUUUCAUUCUCUUCUGAUGAUUCCAAGACGAUAGCAUCAGGUCACACAGGCGCAACAGUGAACCUAUGGGAUGUGGAAACUGGUGCUCACUUUCGAACGUUCACGACCUCGCGUCCGCGUCUACCGAUAAAUGCCAUUGCUUUCCAACUGGAUGAUCAUGACCACAGGAUAUGCGCAAUUGCAUUCUCGCCAGAUGGUAGGAUAAUAGCAGGGGGAUCAAGUCGGGAAGUAGUAGAGCUAUGGGAUACGUCAAAAGGGGCUCUCCAGAAGAAGAUUUCUGUACCCUCAUGGAAUUGGGAUUUCGAUGGCGGGACGCUAGCGGUAGGAAGCUGCGAAAUAUCCCUAUGGGAUGUAGCAACGGGCCAACGAAUCCGUCAAGGGACUGUUUUGGGAACUCGUUGCACAGCGAUCGCAUUCUCGCCCAAUGGAGAGGAAUUAGCAUCGAGUUUUGAUGAACUUGGAAUAAAUCUACAAAGCUUGGUAACAGGAAAGGUUGAGAGGAGAUUCUGGGAGCACAAGGACGAGGUUGUGGCCAUCACGUUCUUGCCGGAAGGCAAAAGAUUCGCGGCAGUGUACAAUUUGGGCCCCAUUCGAGUUUGGGAUGCAGCGACAGGCGUGUGUUUACAAGAGUUCUCGUUCCACGACGACUUUCCGUGGAGUGCUUUUGCAGACCCUUCGUUGAGGUUUCGAUGCACCUCUAUCAAGUAUUUAGCUGAUGGACCAUUCCUUUGCCUAAACCAUCGAUACGUCAUAAAUCUUCCUCUGGGAAAUGCAGAAUCUUCGAAACACGAUUUAUUACUGAUUGAUGAAGAGUGGAUAACCAAAGGUGGAAAACCUCUUCUAUGGCUUCCCAGAGAAUACAGGUCAAAUGCCGUGGCCAUACAAGGUAAUAUGGUGGCAAUGGGGCACAAAUCAGGUAUAACAUUCCUGCGUCUUAAUUUGUCAGCGCUGAAAGAACUCUAA